GCAGAGCAAGAGCAACCAGCCUUGCAAUCGCUACCCACUCUCAAAGAAACUACUAGCUAGCAGUGAGAAAUGGCUUCGAACGCGACCUUGUUGGCCAUGAUCAUGGCGUGCACGCUCCUACUCACCGGGUGCCACGGCGCACGCCACUUGGCCGACACGACUCCGGCGGCUGCCCCUACCGCUGCUGUACCUGGCCUGCCGGCCGUGCCGACCAUGCCUGCCGUGCCCACGGACACAGUCACCCUGCUGCCACCAAUGCCGGCGGUCACCCUGCCCACGGUUCCUCAAGUCACGCUCCCGCCCAUGCCCGCUGUCGUGGUGCCUAAGAUGGUGCUGCCACCCAUGCCCGCUGUCGUGGUGCCUAAGAUGGUGCUGCCACCCAUGCCCAAGGUGUCAAUGGCGCCGAUGCCCGCCAUUGUAGUGCCCAAGGUGACGCUGCCGCCAUUGCCGUUCGUCCCGAAUGUGAACGUGCCAAUGCCGUUCCUGGCACCGCCCCCGUCUGCGUAGUGCGUUGGCCUUGAUGCGGGAGUGAUUCCAUCACUCCGUUGCCACAACGUAUAUUUUCUUACGUGCAAGCUCUACGUUUCACAUGUGAUGUAUCAGCAGUUCAUACCAUUUUCUUUACGACCCCUCACGUGUACUGUUAGCGUUUCUUGACUUUUGACGGUUGUCCCGUUGCAUAUAUUCGAUUUUCUUUGUCUUUUAAGACCAA